UGGAGAAAGAACGUGUCGCCGUUCGUCACUGUGCAUAGUGCGUAGAAACACCAAAUUAUCCUGAAAAUUACUGGAAUUACAACUGUUUAAAAGGAAAUAUGAUAUGACACGAGGAGGGAAUUUGAGUAUUUCUGAUUUCAGGAUGAGCUUCAUAAAGUGCAAGGUUGUAUUUUCCAUCUUUAUUUUCACCCUUGUGGGCACUGCAGAACUAAGUAGCUCAACGGCGCAGCAUGGAGACAGAGAUAGGAACAGAGUAGUCCGGGACACCAUCUGCAGGGAGAAUAUGGAAUACAAACAAGACGACUUCUGCUGUUUAAACUGUCCAGCUGGUACAUACGUUAAAGAGCCCUGUAGUAAAGCCGGGGAGCGGGGAAAGUGUGAGACCUGCGACUAUGAUACGUACAUGGAGCAUGACAAUGGGCUGAAGCAGUGCUUCAUGUGCACCAAAUGCCGCAGAGAUCAGGUGGAAACAGAACCGUGUACCAGCACUCGGGACAGAGGGUGUCAGUGCAAACCAGGCUCCUUCUGUCUGCCUGACCAAGCCUGCGAGGUGUGCAAGAAAUGUAGCAAAUGUAAAGCAGAUGAGGUGAAGGUGAAGAACUGCACCACUACUUCCAAUACUGUCUGCAGGCAAAAGCCACCUGCUCCCAACACCAUCUCAGGUAGCCCACUGCAAGAAGCUGCUGCUGUUGGGAUUGUGAUUCCUUCAUUGAUAAUAAUAGUUUUAGGUGUCAGUUACUACUUUUGGAAGAAACGGCAAUCUAAGAAAACAGAGGUCCCCAUUAAUCCUAGUGAAAUGGUGAAGAUCCACAUGGGGGAAAAUAAUGACAGGACAAUGGAGGAGAGUCAGAACAGCCGAAAUGCAGAGCUGGAGGUGCCACAGCGGGAAACGCAGCCCUUCCUGCAGGACCAGCUGGCGGUGGGUGCCAAACCCUCGGCCUUUGAGGACGAGGACAGGGGGCUGGGCGACAGCCUCCCCAACACCACCAGCUCCUCCCAAACCAGUCUGUCCGCUCAGCCCACAGCCCCGUCUUCCAGCAGCUCCCCUCAUCCCAGCCCAGAGACACAGAGGCAGCCUGCUGCUAGGGGGAAUGUUACAAGGAAGCUUUUGCCCUUGAUGGGGGAAGAGUCCUUAAAGAAAAGUUUUGAUCUUUUUGGAGAAUACCUGGACUUUUGCUAUUGCAAGAGGUUCUUCAGAAAAAUCGGGUUGUCUGACAAUGCCAUUAAAGCUGCAGAGGGCUCUCCUCCUGCAGACAGAGUGUACGAACUCCUUACAACCUGGAUGGAAAAGGAGGGCCUGAAGGCUGAAAUUAAUUACCUCCUUGAUGUAUUACUGGAGCUGGGUCAAAGGUUGUCAGCAGAAAACAUCAUUUGUAAAGUCAUUGAGAAUGAAUAUUAUAAAUAUGAGGAUGAGUGCAACUGAUAGCCUACCGUGAGUAUCACUGGAAAAUAACCUUAAUGAAAUGGGCUAGAAAGGCUGUAGGGUUUCUCCGAGGGGGGAAAAAAGCCUUUCUGAAAUGGUAGGUAACCUCAGGUAUAGGUCCUUGGUAGAGGUGGGGCAUCAUAUUUGUGUCUUCCUCCCAAGUUCUCAUCAAUCCUGAUGCAUACAGCAUACUGUCUACAGCACCCAUUGUGAUUUGAGCCAAUACUGUGUGCAAAAAAAAAAGGGUGGGUAUACACUGGGCUUUGUAGGGACAAAAUGCCCCUGCACUAAUUGUCAUCCUGAACAUACUUGAUACACCAGUAACUGCAUUGAUAGAUUGAUCAUGAGAAAACAACAGGUGUUUUUGUAGUUAUUUAAGUUUUUGCAGCCUUAGUUGUACAUUUCUGUUUGUCUGGAUUUUCUAUGCACUCCUUUGGAAGGAAGAAUGGCAGGAUCAUUCUGUCACACCACCAGUGCUCCACUCUUUAAUGGUCUCGAGUGUAUCGAUGACUGCCUUAUUUAUUUUUGAAUAAUUAAUUAAUUUAAGGGUACAUGUUAACGUAUUAAUGGUUUCUCUUUUGUGGUGUUGAGUGCGCAUACAAACUGGAUGUAACUGUUCCAUGCAGUGGAUAAACAUCCAAAAGAGAAGCCAGAUAAAUUGCAUAGAAAUUGAACCUUACCUCUCUGGCAGAGGUGGUUUACCCCUCCCAGUGGGCAGAUCUAUGGCAAGGCACCAUGGAGACAUUGUGUCCUAGUUCCAAAGAUACUUUGAAUGAUAAAAGGUUUCUGGUUUCUUGUGCCCCCUCUUUCUGUGCAAACAAUAAAGUACAUUUUCCUAUGAUCGUUGAAAGAGGAAAUCCUAAAUGUACUCUUGCGUUUUGUUUUGAUGCAUCUCCUAACAUUAAUACAUAUGGCAUUUGGUGGAGUCAUUCAAGUAAUUGUUAAAAAGGGUAAAAGUAGGGCAUCUUUUGUUGUUUUUGCUUUUGGCCCUAUCGUGACUGUUCCAUCUGCACUGAACAGACUGAUCAGUGUCUAUUGUACUGGCAAAAUACAGUCUCUUCAAAGAUUUACAAGUGAAGACUACAUAAAUCUGCCACAUUCUUGUGAUUCUUUUAAAUAUUACAUUUAAUAGCACACCUUUGACAGAUACUUGAAGGUCUUCAGAGCCCCUCUUGACUUUGGAAGUUCAUUUGAAAAAUGGUAUCUUUUAAAAAUUACAUUGAAGAGGAAUACUUAAACCUCUUCAAGCUUCAAGAGUUUUUUUUCCACCUUCCUCUUGUAUCUUUUGAGUCAAACACUGAUAUGAAACUGUCUGACUCAUUUAGUAGCCCAGUGGGUAGCACUAGCCUUAUAACAUGACUGAAGCUAAUGUCACAGAUUUCCUUUGGGCAAGAUGGCAGAUCUCAUAAACUAGCUGGCUAGGUAGCUAACAAUUAGCCACCAAUUCAUGUAAUCAGUAUGUCAGUCCUUAUUCACUGUAUUGCAUCUGCUUCCACUUCUAACAGGACAAGCAUUUCUUGCCUUAGUAUGUCACUGUGCAAGUGACCCAUAUCUCACAUCAUUUGUGUGAUUUCUUUUAUCUCCCACUUUCUAGGAGAAGGUAACACUGAAACAUAAGAUCCUUCCCCCAUGGGAGCACGGGUCCUCUCUGGGCCUGUCUCAGAUGAGUGAGUGACUGGGAAAAAAAAAGAUGUGUCAAAGCAAUUUACACAAAGCACAAUGAAAAGUUAUAUAAUUGAGCUAUGUGAAAAGCAGUGCACCUGCAUUUUUCGCAAAGCCAUUUCCAUUUGUAAUUACUAUUUCCGUUCUGUGUGUGCUUUCUUUUUAGCUCAAAUCAGCCGCAUUGUAAAGCAAUGUAAGUGAGCAAAAGUAAUAUCCAUUUCCAGUUUUUUUUGUUGACUUUUUCAUUUCAUUUUUAUUUUUAGAACAGGUCAGACCCCACAGAAAUGGGACAGGUGUGUCUUUACUUUAAAAUGGGGUAAUGAUUAGUGAAAAUGUUUCCUCAGACUGUCUGUUCACAUUUUGUAGUCAUCCUGUCAAGCUGUCAUUGAAGUGUUAAUAUUUAUUCUCAAGACUGCCUGUAAAUAUUUCAGAGAAUGUAUUUGUCUCACAUACCCUCACAUUUUUGUCUGUCUGUAGUUACCCUAUGAGGGUGUGUGUGACUUU